UCGAUCGCGUCCAGUGAAUUGGCAUCCGACGGCGGAGGAAGAAACCCUAAUCGGCGAAAACCCUGCACUAUAAAAGAGCUUCUUGCAGAAACAAUUUUCUUCCAAUCCGCAUCGUCCUUCUUCCUCUCCCGUUCCUUCUCGUUGCGGUCCAUUGCUUCAGCUGUUAGCUUUUCCUUGCAACUACAAUGGGUAAGGAGAAGGUUCACAUCAACAUUGUCGUCAUUGGACAUGUCGAUUCUGGCAAGUCAACCACCACCGGGCACCUUAUCUACAAGCUUGGUGGUAUUGACAAGCGUGUUAUUGAAAGGUUCGAGAAGGAAGCUGCUGAGAUGAACAAAAGGUCAUUCAAGUAUGCUUGGGUGCUGGAUAAGCUGAAGGCCGAGCGUGAGCGUGGUAUCACCAUCGACAUUGCUCUCUGGAAGUUCGAGACCACCAAGUACUACUGCACUGUCAUUGAUGCUCCUGGGCAUCGUGAUUUCAUCAAGAACAUGAUCACGGGUACAUCCCAGGCUGACUGUGCCGUUCUCAUUAUUGAUUCCACCACUGGUGGUUUUGAAGCUGGUAUCUCCAAGGAUGGUCAGACUCGUGAGCACGCGUUGCUUGCUUUUACGCUUGGAGUGAAACAGAUGAUCUGCUGCUGUAACAAGAUGGAUGCCACGACCCCCAAGUACUCCAAGGCCAGAUACGAUGAAAUCGUGAAGGAAGUGUCGUCCUACCUGAAGAAGGUCGGAUACAAUCCUGACAAGAUCCCCUUUGUCCCCAUCUCUGGUUUUGAGGGUGACAACAUGAUUGAGAGGUCCACCAACCUUGAUUGGUACAAGGGUCCAACCCUUCUUGAGGCCCUUGACUUGAUCAAUGAGCCCAAGCGCCCAUCGGAUAAGCCCCUCCGUCUGCCACUCCAGGACGUCUACAAGAUUGGUGGUAUUGGAACCGUCCCUGUUGGUCGUGUUGAGACUGGUGUCCUGAAGCCCGGCAUGGUCGUCACCUUCGGUCCCACUGGACUUACUACUGAAGUUAAGUCUGUUGAGAUGCACCAUGAAGCUCUCCAGGAGGCUCUCCCAGGUGAUAAUGUCGGUUUUAACGUCAAGAACGUUGCAGUCAAGGAUCUUAAGCGUGGUUUUGUUGCCUCCAACUCCAAGGAUGAUCCUGCGAAAGAGGCUGCCAACUUCACUUCUCAGGUCAUCAUCAUGAACCACCCUGGUCAGAUCGGCAACGGCUAUGCUCCGGUGCUCGACUGCCACACCUCCCACAUUGCAGUGAAGUUUGCAGAGAUCCUGACCAAGAUCGACCGUCGCUCUGGUAAGGAGCUCGAGAAGGAGCCCAAAUUUUUGAAGAACGGUGAUGCUGGAUUCGUAAAGAUGAUUCCCACCAAGCCCAUGGUUGUCGAGACGUUCUCUGAAUAUCCUCCACUUGGGCGUUUUGCCGUCCGUGACAUGCGACAGACUGUUGCCGUCGGAGUCAUAAAGAGCGUUGAGAAGAAGGAUCCCAGUGGUGCCAAGGUGACCAAGUCUGCGGCCAAGAAGAAGUGAAUCGUGCGGCUACUUCCGGCAAGUUACUGUUUCCUGGUGUCGAGUCUCUUUCGCUUGAGUUUGGUUCGGGUUCUGGUUAGUGUGUUUGUGGUAGCUAGUCGGAUGCAACAGAACUGGGUAUUGGAUCGGCGGUGGCAUCGCCGGCGCUUGUUCUGUUGUUGAUUGAGUUAGAAGAUCUCCUUCUUGUCCUUCAGUGUUUCUCUCUAGUUUGAAGUCGUCAUGAGUUGAUGAACUGUUAGUGUCAACUGCCGGAAGCAUAUAGUCUUUAGUCUAUAGUUAUGGGUCUGAGCAGAAUAAGGAGAUAUAUUUUUAUACUUAAAUUCAGUAUGAUUAUUGUUAUGAUAAAUUUUGUUUGCUUUUC